AUGGCUCGCGAGCUGAGUUCCAAAGGAACUGUUCCGGGGGAAGCGGAAGUCAGCGAGGUGUUUGUUAUCGGACGUGCGUUUUCUGGUAACGAUGGUGCCCUCGAAGCUAUUGAUGGCAGCUUCGAGUGGAUUGAAUUUGAUACGGGAGAUCCCCAGCAAGAUGAAGAGCUGCGGAACAUGCGGCUAGAAGCUGCCAGGCUGACUGCAGCAGCCUGCCGUCUUGGCAGAUACUCUUUCAAUGAAGCAGAUGUGCCUUUAGUAAAUCUGCCAGAGACGCUGGAGGGCACUCAUGUUGUGCUCAAUGUGGACGGCACGACGCAGCAGGAAGAGACCUUUGAAACCGAGUUUGUCUUUCACGAGGCCGAGGACUCUUCCUUGACGGAAGUCCUCCUUGGCCUGGCGGCAGAGCGUUCCGUGACGGUGCUAAAUGCAGGGAGUCCCUACAAGAUCGGUGGGAACUUUGUGGAAGGAGGUGCCGUUGAGUUUGAAGAAAUGCUCUGCAUGCAAUCGACUCUGCAGAUGUCUCUCCGGCGUGCCAGCAAGAUGGCUGCGGAGCAUGGUGUGAGGGCCUCGAAGCAUGCGAGACCGGUGAAUGGCACGUCCUGGGAUGUCCACAUCCCCGAGUACGGGGCUGUCCUUAGCCCCAAUGUGGAGAUCUUCCGGGCCGGUCCGGAAGUUGGAUUUCCAUUCCUGGAAAACCCCCUCCUCUUGGCAUCGGUGAUCACCAUGGCCAUGCCCAACUGCAACCAGGAUCUGGAUGAGCCCUGCGAUGUCCCCGACUCCGCCGAAGAGUAUCAAAGGCAUCUCUUCGCGAAGAUCGCGUGUAGCCUCGAGCUAGCCAUGGCCAUCCGGUCCCGUACUCUCGUCGUGCCGGCGCUGGGCUGCGGCAGGUAUCUGAAUGAUCCCAGCACAGUGGGAAAGGUCCUAUGUGAGGUGUUCCAAAGCCGCUUCAUGACGGCCUUUCAGGAAGUCCACUUCUUCGGAGAGGAGGAUUUCUUGCUCGCAUGCUCGAGCCUCCAACGAGAGACGAGCCUUCCCGAGUUGGAACAGCUGGGAGCGCACGCUCGAGAGCGCAGGAACGCGGCAGCCUGGCUCCAGGACGACCCUCUGAUGUUUGCUCCGGAGUUAGGAGAGUCUGAGACCAUUCUCGAUUCCGAGCCACAGACUCAACUGGAUCUUGGGGAGUUGCCGAAGGGUCGUCCUCGACAGAGGCCCUCUGCCUUGGACGGCUUGUCUGACCUGGGCCUCAGCGCGGGCAGCGCGGGCAGUGCCCAAAAUAUCUCCUUCCAAGGCCUUGAGGAGCCCUUGGAGCCUCGCUUUGGCUCGGUCUCCGCCUCGGGCUCCGCCUCGGGCUCCGGCCGGGCUUCCCGGCAUGGGCCUUCUCCCCCGAGAGCGCAGGUGGACGAAAGGAGCUUCCAGUCGCUGAAGAGCACGGUCGGAAAGGUCUCCAACCAACACAUCCGAUCCCUGGAGACUCUCCAGACAUCUCUGUCAGAGCUCAUCUCGGAGAGGAACGUGAGGGAGCAGCUGGAUGCCCUCCGGCAUGAGGCUCUCGCAAUUCAAGACCAGAGCGCCGUGAUCCAGGCGCAGCGCCUCGAGUUGGAGGAGCGAGGGGCCGAGCUGGCGGCCAGCAGAGAGGAACUUCUCACCCAGCUUGAGCAUGCCAGAAAAAUGGCAGGCGGAUGCCGGAUGUCCUGA